AUGGCGACUGUCGACGUGCCCUCCCGCAUAGUCUCCGACAGUGGCAGGCAGCAGCCUGCACACGAAGUCAUUGAUGUCGAUUCGCUCGACGACGAUAUACUAGUCCUAGAUGUCUCUCUACCAUCUCGGCGCCUGACAGGAUCCAACGCUCAAACGAAUGACACUCGACGCCUCUCGGGGUCGAGCUCUGCAUCCGCCAUUCUUGUAGAAAGUGACGACGAAGUAGAAGUAAAUCGGGUCAACAAUGCGCAUGCUCAGCGACGAUUACUGUCACCUCCACCAAGGCCUAUUCACCCUCGAUAUGUCCCUCCUGUCCCUCCUAUUCCACGCCACCUCGCGGGCCAGGGUGCAUUUCCCAUCCACCUCGGAAGACGAGAGGGUGCGCUUCCACCUCCUGUUAUCCGACCCAAUGACCGACCCUUCGCGUUUGAAGCUCACAUACGGCACCCCGCACCCCGCGACCACACACCUCCCGUUGAUGUGCCACCCCCGGCGCCGGCCGCUCGGUCUCACUACCAGCCAGUUAUGGGCCUCGGCGGCGCCAUGAUUACUCUCAAUAGGCCGCAUGUCAUGGAACAAGCGAAUGGACGACGCGAGGCACAGGAGCAGCCAGGUUGGCGCCGCUACCUCCCGCCAUUCAUGAACGCUAUGUGGCGCCGUAACGAGUCGCAACCUGCGCCACGUCAUAUCCCCGCACCGAACGAGAUCUAUGCCGGUGGAUACCUGUUCAAUGGACCCAUAGACGAUAUCGAGGACCUCGAGAUUCUUGAAGAAAUUAUGGCAGACCAGUUUGGUGGUGGGCGACUCCGAGGUCCUCUUGCCGCGGCCGAACGGCCGAGGGAGCAGCAUUACAAGGCUAGCUAUACACAUCCAGAUCAACCCAUGCCUGGCUUCACGUUCGAUUUCGCACCACCCGAACCCCCGUCUACGUCUGGGACAACCUCGCCUAUCAUCAUCCUGGAUGACGACGACGAAACAACUGCAGGCCCAAGCAAGGCAUCGGGGAAGUCAAGUGCCGUCGAGGCGGUCGCUACCUUGGUUUGUGCGCAUUGUAACGACCCUCUCGCUCUAUCCGCCGAGAGCGCGGCGCCUGCCGAUCAGCUGGCUAGAGUAAAACUCUGGGGGCUCCGGUGUGGCCAUAUGCUUGAUGGCAAGUGUAUUCAAGAGCUCAUGAAGCCAUCGGCUCCGCCGCCGCCGACUCUUCCUUUGCCAGAAACAGAAGACAUGGUUCACGAUCGCAAGGGUAAGGGUAAGGCACGGGCCGUGCUGCAUGCCGACAUCGCCAUGGACAUCGUCGAGACCGACCCGCCAACGUCUGGUAAAGGCAAGACAAGGGCGACAGCGAAGGAGUCGGUUACGCCCAGGAGAGGCAAGCGGAAGGCGGUGGAGAUAUCUGCAGACGUAUCGAGGGCGGACACCGCGGUUCCGCUGGAAGACAACUCGAUACGUUCUCGUCUACGACCUCGGCAUCCGCGCGUACCCUCGAACAUCGGCGUUCCUCCGGCACACGAAAGUGUAGCUGCAUCCUCUGUCGUUUCGCCUCCUUCUCCCGUUCGCCCCGUCCGUGCCAUGCCCCGCAGGCGAGGAAAUGGUCCAUCGUCCGCGACGCGUGUGCGCGGGAAGGGUAAAGGCAAGGCCAAACCAGUCGUCGAAGACAUAUUUGAUUGGGUAUGUCCUGUGGCGGGCUGCGCACGCGCACAUGUCAGCGUUCUCGUCGAUGGAGAGUGGAAGAUGGAUCCAGAGAAAGGCGCGAUCAGUUUGUUCAUUUAGUUUGGAGGUCAGUUCGGCUUUUCUGUGCGUGCUGCGUCUUCUUAUGUGAUGCCUCCUCUACCUCUCAGGGACGGCUCUAGAUCUGUGCUUUUUGAUGACCCUCGGCGGA